AUGAGUUUUUUGUGGGGCAAGUCCAAGGAUUCCCAAAAGAGUAAAAGUAAACUAACAUUAGCAAACGGCAGUGUUCAAAACUUAAAGAAGACUUCCACCAAUGGUUCCACAACAAAAUUAGCGGAAUCUCCAUAUGCACUUGAUGAGUUUCCUCGAAUUUUAGAGCAAAAAUUUGGUGAAAGUCUUGGAUUUCGGAACAAUAUUCUUAGUGAGUUGGCAAUGCUUGAGAGACCAGGGCUGGGACUUCCUGACAUGAUCCAUAUGACUUUACAUGACAGCUAUCACGAUGAAGAGAUUGGAGAAUAUUUUUAUAUAACUGGUAUUGAUGUAUCAAGUCCAUCUAUGCCGGUGGCAUUUCUAAAGAUGUUGAAAUUGAAUCAGCUAAACUCUCCUCAGAAUCACAUUGCAACAUAUUGUUGUUAUAAUACUUUCAGUAAGAUAGACAUCCGAAUCAGGUAUGAGACCGAUGGUUCUGUACAAAUCAAAGCUUACGACUGCCUAGCACUGAACGCAUUAGAAAGUAUUGAUGAGACCUUAUGGGAGGAGACCUUUAUUUGUUGCUGUAUGAGGAGUUUAAUAACUAACAAGGAUCCCGAAAGAAAACUUCCAGGUUUAGUCGAAUAUCCAUUGGCAAUAGAGAAUACUAGCUUAUUUGGUGCGAAAAGACUUAUAAGACAAUUCUGCAAAUUUUUACCAAGAUGUUUAGAAUCAGGGUGGGAUACAACUCAGCAUAUGUUACCAACUGUAUUCCAAAAUUACCUAAUGAGAUCAUUAUUAACCUUUCUUUCAAUAUCUCCUAAUUUAGUAGAUUAUGCAUUGCUAAUAUUAAAGGAGCUAUGCCAUUCUGAUAUGGAAAAUGAUUUGUUCUACAAGAUAGCUCACAUUGCUAUAUUAGAACAAUAUGACGAACGAGAUGCGGAGUUUAUUAAAAUGUUGCAUGAAACUCUCAAUCCGUUGAUGAAAGUAAUAAAGCUUAUGAAACAAGAUGACCCCAGGGUCCCACAAAUAUUAAAUUGCAUUUCAGGAUUAUUAAACCUACAGGCAAAAUUUUUAAUUAAACGAGGCGAUUAUGACCUAGCUCUUUCAGUAGCAAAGACCUCUACAGACUUUUCCUUGGAUUCACCUGCUUCUUGGUAUUAUCUAGCGAAAUGCUACAUCCAUAAAAACGAAUAUGGGAAAGCAUUACUUGCUAUUAAUUCAAUGCCAAAUUUACCUGUUGUUGACAGGGACAAGAAAAUGAUAUAUGGCAAAUCAACGUUAUAUAAUUACUAUACAAGGCCAUUAGGUGAUAAAAUGCGUGACAAUAUAGGGCUAGAUUCAAAUGAGUUUAAUAAUUUAGCAAGCACAAUGAAAAACUGGAAGGACAAUGAAUUAAAGAAUGUAGUGUUUGGCAGAAUUGUAAUGCCAAAUAAAUCUCAUGAUGGUUACAUAAAGGAAAUUUGGGAUGAAGCCUGUAUCGAGGUGGGUCCUGUGUAUGGUCCACAAUCUUGCAAUUUGAUAAAUUUUGUAUCACCACAGGAAGUUCAUUCCAUUAGAGAUGCGAGCUUACUUGCAAGAAAUACAGUGGCAAAACAGUAUAGUUGGUUUCAACGAAAAGCUGUACAAUUGUUAAUGGAAUUAAUUUCUAGAAUUGGAUGGAAUGGUCUUUUGAAAUUGAGAGGAGAGUCAUUUGUUAUGGAAUCGGAGUUCAUGGAACAUGGAGGUUCUCCAAAUUUAACGAAUAAAGAUAUUCCUAUGGAAGUACGUCAAAAACGUAUCACAGAGAGAUGGUUAGAUCAAUUAUUUCUCGAUGUCUAUGACGACUUGAAAUUGAGCCGAGCUCUACAAAAGAAUAAAGAAGCAAGAUAUAGCGGAUUAGAAUGGGAAUUAUUAGGACUUACAAUGCUAAGAGCAUGGCAAUGGGACGAUGCCCUUGCUUGCUUACGUACAAGUAUGGCUAAUCGAUUCGAUUAUGUCAGCUGCAAGACCCUUCUGGACAUAUUUAUGGACUACAAUCCAGAUGGCGAUGAAAUAUUAGAUUUUGAUAUUGUCCUUAAACUUGUAGCGGAAAAGAUAUCGUACGAAAAACGUUUCUAUGACAGUUUCCAAAUACUCAAUUUACAAGUUCUGUUUAAAUUAUGUGCUGUUCUCACCGUCGAGGGAGUAAAAUCCCGAAUCACUGCUUUGCCCUAUGCCGAUAGUUCCUUCAUUACAAUAGUAGACCGCAUGCUUGGAUGGGUAGAUACCAUGACUAAAGAGUGA